AUGGAUAAGCUCGUAAUCCAACCGUUAAUCGCCCUUGUAAUCUCGUCGUUGAUCGCCGCCAGAGCCUACCGUAGAAAAUCCCUGGACCUCUCAGGGGCAAUCGCGGGUUUUGCUGUCAUGACCAUUCACAUUGCAAUCGGAUACAGGCACGCCGAUUUUCUUUCCUCUUUUUCUUUCUCUUUCUCUGCAUCCAAAUCCCCAAAGGGCGAAUGGUACGGAGCUCUGUUGCUCGUGUUCUUUUUCACAUCGUCAAAGCUGACCAAGGUUGGUGAAGACAAGAAGCGUCGCGUUGACGCUGAUUUCAAAGAGGGCGGUCAAAGAAAUUGGGUACAAGUUUUAUCAAACAGCGGGAUUGCUUCAGUCUUGGUUCUUGUUCUGUGGGCAAAAACAGGGUUGCAAGACAAAUGCUUGGACUCGAAAGAGUCGGUUUUCAUUACAUCACUGAUUGGUGGGGUUAUCGGUCACUAUGCUUGCUGCAAUGGAGACACUUGGUCUUCUGAGCUUGGAAUACUUAGCGAUGCUCAGCCUCGGUUAAUCACAACCUUCAAGCCUGUUCGGAAGGGUACAAAUGGUGGAGUUACAAAAGCAGGAUUACUGGCAGCUGCAGCUGCAGGCUCGGUUAUUGGACUCACAUAUGUGGUCUUUGGAUUUCCCACUACAAAAUGUACAUAUGAUGUAGCACUGAAGCAGCUGUUGGUGAUACCCAUUUCUACUCUUGCCGGACUAUGUGGCAGCCUCAUCGAUUCUCUUUUGGGAGCAACACUGCAAUUCAGUGGAUUCUGCACUGUUCGUAAUAAAGUUGUUGGAAAACCAGGGCCAACAGUUAAGAAAAUUUCAGGUCUUAACUAUCUUGACAACAAUGCUGUGAAUGUUGUGUCAAUACUACUGACAACAAUUCUCACUUCCAUUGCCUGCACUUACAUCUUUUGA